UCCUGUUGGGGCCUCAGUUUUGCAUUGACAACGUUCCCAAACCCACGUGCCGUUUGCGGCGCGUCAAAUUUUGUUGUGUUUGUGUCAAAUAUUUGAGGAUGUAAACCACUAAUUAUAAACUAGAAUGCAUCGGGGAAAAAAAAUUGUGGCUUUGGUUUCUGAGGCAUGUAACUUACAGGAUAGACCUGAAAAUGUAGCUCCAAAGUCAGAUUAUGAUCCAAAUAAAGUAAUACACGUUUUAGAAGAUAUUCAGUUACAAUAUUCAGAAUCAAGAAAGUUUAUACCAGGACCUUCAGACAAAACUUAUUAUGAGAUAAACGACGAUAUCAAUAUAACAUCACUGACUGAUCUCGAUCUACCAAGUACUUUUAUUCCAGAAAAGAUAGAUCAUACAAUUUGUUCUGACAUAACAUUUCCCAAUACUACAUUCAGUGAUGUACCUUUAGACGGUAACAUUUUGUCAACGGUUUAUGAUGUUAAUAAUACUUUCAUCACAGACGAUAAUUUAAUAAUAGUACCAUCACACAUUGAAAUAGAUUCACAGGCAACGAAUAUUUUGAUCUCAGAUAACGUAAAUAGUUCCGAUACGCAUACUAUUCAAACAUUAGGUUAUGAACAAGUGUUUGCUCAUGAAUUAAGUACCAGCCCUGUAGAAAUUAUACCUCAUGUUGAAAACACACAUCAUGUUAUACCUAAUCCGCCGAUAUCGGAUGAUAGUGAUAUAGAUAAAAAGCUUGUGCCUUAUUCUGAUUCCGACUCGGAUUCACUUGCUAAAAUCAAAAAGAGUAAGAAACGAAAGAAACGUUUUAAAGUUGAUAAAAAAGAAUGGGUUAGUGAAAAGAAUAAACAAAGAAGACAAGAAGGUAAAACUUAUUUUGGAAGAGAGAAAAAACAAGACUGUUGGAAUUAUAAUAAAUCUAAAGAAGCACGUUCCAUUAAACCAAGAUGCUCGUGUAAGAUUGGGAAGUACAGUACUUUAAAAUGUGAAACAGUAGAUGAAGAUGUAAGGAGAAGUAUUUUUAAUCGAUUUUGGAGUCUUACUUGGGGCGAAAAAAAGACCCUUGUUAACGAAUGGGUAACAACUAUUCCAAUUGUCCGACCACGAAAUCGAAAUACCGAAGGGACAACCAAGAGGGCUAACACCUUUGUUUAUCAUUUAAAAAUAAAUGAUCAAAGUUUCAAAGUAUGUCGAAAGAUGUUUUUGAACACUUUGGAUUUAGGAAGAUGGACAGUUCAAAAUUGGAAGCAUGAGUUUUCAAUGCGGCCUCCUAGUACAUUGAGACGUCCAACACGUUUAUCUGAAACUGCUUCGGAGCCGAAACAAUCACUUAUUCAGUUUCUGGAUUCUCUUCCCGUAAUGGAAUCCCAUUAUUGUCGAGCCACGUCACAAAAGUUAUAUUUAUUGCCAGAAUGGAAUUCUAAAGAAAGCCUCUACAAAUUUUACGUUGACAAUUGGUGCAAAGACCGAAAUAUAAAAGCUCUCUCCAUAAGUUUGUUUUCGAAUUUAUUCGAAGACAAAAAUUUGGCCCUAUUUAAACCGAAGAAAGAUCAAUGCGAAAAAUGCGCCUGUUAUAAAGUAGGAACAAUUACAGAAGAAGAAUACAAAGAACAUAUUGAGAGAAGUAAACAAGCAAGAGAAGAAAAAGAUGCGGAUAAGAAAGGAGACAAUUACGUUUUCACAGUGGAUUUACAGGCGGUACUAAUGGCACCAAAAUCGAAUGUUAGUACGCUUUACUAUAAAACGAAGCUGCAAGUUCACAACCUUUGCUUUUUUAAUAUAAAAAAUAAAGAUGGCUUCUGUUUCAUAUGGAAUGAAGUAGAAGGUGGACUUAAUGCUGAAGAAUUUGCCUCCAUUUGGGUCGACUUUUUAGAAAACAAAAUAAUACCUGAAGUUAAUGCUGAAGAUGAGAAAAAAACAAUCAUAAUUUAUAGUGACGGUUGCACUUAUCAAAAUAGAAAUUGUAUUUUAUCUAACGCUCUUUUGAAUAUUGUCAUGAGGCACAAGAAUAUAGCUAUCGAACAAAAAUUUUUAGAGGUGGGUCACACCCAAAUGGAGGCCGAUUCAAUGCACUCCACUAUAGAACGUCAUCUAAAGAACAAAGUCAUAAAUGUGCCAGCUGAAUACAUAUCUAUUGCUAAGCAUGCUCGUAAAUGCCCAGUACCGUACUCUGUAACAUAUUUGGACCACACUUACUUCAAAAAAUUCGACAAAAUUCAGUUUUAUAAAAGUAUUCGUCCAGGAAGAUCCAAAGGGGAUCUCAAAGUGACCGACAUUCGUGCACUACGUUACGAAAGCAAUGGAUCAAUUCUUUAUAAAACUUGCCUUAAGGAUGAAUGGCAAAGUUUACCACAAAGGCGAUCUUUGCAAUGUAAUCCUUGCGAGAUUACUGAAUUAUCUCGAUUGCACCAGAACCGACGUAAAAUUACUGCACGAAAAUUUGAAGACUUGCAGCAAAUAAAAAAGACCCUUCCUUCUGACUAUCAUAAAUAUUAUGACGACUUGCCUCAUGAGUAGAUUGAGAAGAACCAUUAUUAUAGAUUUCUAAGUAUUGUUAUCUAAUUUAACAUUUUUGGAGAAUUGAUUCUGUUUUUUUUUUUUAGGUUGAAUCUCUUUUAAAUUAGAUAUUUUAACACUGUUUCCUAUUAAAGAAGACUGAAUAUUUAAUUAUUAAUAAUAAAUAUUUUAAUUACUGAU